GUAAGAAGCAUCUCCAUGGAUCCAGUCCUGCUCCUGGUACUCAGCCUCUCCUGUCUCAUUCUCCUCUCACUCUGGAGACAGAGCUCUGGGGGAGGGAAGCUCCCUCCUGGCCCCACUCCUCUUCCAAUCAUUGGUAAUUUCCUCCAGAUAGAUGUGAAGGAUAUUCAAAAAUCCUUCACCAAUUUAUCAAAAGUUUAUGGCCCUGUGUAUACUCUAUAUUUGGGCUGGAAGCCCACUGUGGUGUUGCAUGGCUAUGAAGCGGUGAAGGAAGCUCUGGUUGACCAUGGGGAGGAGUUUGCUGGGAGAGGAAGGUUCCCAGCUUUUGAUAAAGCUGCUAAUGGAAUGGGCAUUGUAUUUAGCAAUGGAAAUAGAUGGAAAGACACAAGGCGUUUCUCACUCAUGACUCUGCGGAAUUUAGGCAUGGGAAAAAGAAGCAUUGAGGACCGUGUUAAAGAGGAAGCACAGUGCCUUGUGGAGGAACUGAGGAAAACCAAUGGCUCACCCUGUGACCCCACCUUCAUCCUGGGCUGUGCUCCAUGCAAUGUCAUCUGCUCCAUUAUUUUCCAGGAUCGUUUUGAUUAUAAAGAUCAGAAUUUUCUUAACUUGAUGGAAAAACUGAAUGAAAUGACCAAGAUUCUGAGCACCCCCUGGUUGCAGGUGAAGCCAUGAUCAUUUUCUUCUGAGACAACUCUUACACUCUUUCUUACUCACAGGUUGAAUUCAACAAGCACAGAGUAGUGAAGUGACCAGACAUCACAGUUCUGACUAACAUUAUAAAAAGAAUAUUUGGAACAAAGUUCUAAACCUUUUGCUAGACAAAUGGAAAACCAGAAGGACCAAUGCCAGGAUUGUUUUAGCCUGCUAUCUUCCUAUCCAUUGGUUUCACCAUUAACUUCCACAGGAAUCUUUUUAUUAAGUACUGUAUUCACUUCUCGAAAGCUGGCAAGUCACUCAUAGGACAUUCUUCUACUUAGUAAAUUUAUUGGCCUCUUUCCAACAAUUACAUACAUCUUCAUCAUAUUACCAGGAAGGAAUAUCUUAGUAUAGAAAGACUAUUCUCUUAAAGGGGAAAGAAUAUGUGUGGCAAUGAAAGCUGCCAGGAAGCAGUUACUUCAGUGGUUUGGUGCAUCAGCUAGAAUUCUAGUUGUCAGGGAGAGAGGAAGGAGUAAGAAGGUGCAUGAUUUCAUUUUAUGUGGAUCAUAAACAUCCUCCCAGAAUUGUUUAAGCUGAACUGGUUUUUCCUGCAAACUGCAUAAAGAAUGACUGUGUAAAAAACCACACAAGGGUUUUGGUAUAGAAUUUAUGUUAAGGCAUGUACUCUUUUCUGUAAAAAGCUGCUUGGUAAGAAUAAAAUCUUCAGAUCUUUAAUUUCAUCUGUAAAUCAAGUCACUCAGUCAUCUUAACUUCUUCUAUAGAGUAUGAGUGUAAGUAAUCUGUAUAUGUGGUAUUUCUAAUGUGAGAUGAGAGUUUAUUGGAGCUAUUAAAGAUCUAACAUGAACAUAGUUUGAACUAAAAAGAUAUGUGAGUGUGAAUAUUUUACUAUGAUCUUUGGUCAUUUGGGCAGUAAUUUCUUCUUCAAAUCUCUCUAUUAAAAUAGAGAAAUGUUGUGUAUGAAAACAAACUACCUCCUUAAGAUGAAUUCUGUACAUAUUUUGAUCUAUCAAUGCAAAUCAGUCAUGUGGUAUGAUACAAAUAUACCUUAAUUACUUCAUUACUAUAUAUUCAUUUAGUAAAUUCUUGCAUUUCCCUAUAGGUUUGCAAUACAUUUUCUGCACUGCUUGAUUAUUGUCCAGGAAGUCAUAACCAAUUUUUUAAAAAUUUUGCUUGUAUUAAAAAUUAUGUUUUGGAUAAAACAAAAGAACAUGAAGAAUCAUUGGAUAUUA